GUUUAAGAAGGCAAUUUAAAAAAUCCAUAAUUUUAAGCUUCUUCUUCAGAUACACAAACAUACACUAUGGCAAUUUUCGGAUUAAGUAAAAGCCACCACCGAUCCGCAGAAACAACCCCUUCUGUAAGUGACGUUGACAAAUUGAGUAUCAAAGACCCAGAGCCUGGUUAUGGUGGACAGUUUAAAGAGUUUCUGAAAACCGUCAUUAGUUUUACGGGAGAUCUCUCUUCGCUUACUUGCCCUGCCUUCUUUUUAAAUGGAUUGUCUUUGCUCGAAUAUGGAACUUACUGGGGUGACCAUCCAACUUGCUUUAAUGCUGUGACUGAUUCAGAUGAUCCAGAAGAACGUAUGCUCGCUGUGGCAAGAUGGUUUAUGUCAACCUUGUGGGGUAGUUAUGCAUCACGUUGUACUAACGGUCUGACCGAGAAAAAGCCUUACAAUCCUAUUCUUGGGGAACAAUUUCACUGUCACAUGGGCAAUAUAAAGUGCAUAUGUGAGCAAGUUUGUCAUCACCCACCUAUUUCGGCAUUUUAUCUUGAGAAUGAAGUUGAGGGUGUGUCUCUCAAUGGUCACUGUGGCCAAAAAUCUAAAUUCAAGGGUACCACUAUUAAAGUGGAACAAGUAGGCCGCGCUGUGCUUAACCUGAAGAAGUUUGACGAGCAAUACGUCAUUGAUUAUCCUGAUUUAUUGAUCCGUGGAGUAUUAACGGGUUCAUGUUAUCUGGAACUAAGUGGUGUCUGCACUAUUGCCAGUAGUUCUGGUGCCAAAACAGUGAUUGAAUUUAUUCCAAAACCAUGGUUUGGUGGCGAAUAUCAUCGCAUCAAAGGUCAUAUCACAUACAAUAACAAGCCUUACUGUGACUUAUCUGGUAGAUGGUCCAGCCAAUCUUUCUUUACUAAAACAGGGUCUUCAACAAAGGAGUUAUUAUUUGAUGCAGAGGACGAACCUAUGGCUGAACGCAAAACACCCCCACUAGAAGAACAGACGGAAAUAGAAUCUCAUCGAUUAUGGCGUCCAGUGACAGAAGCACUCAAAGAAAAAAAUUAUUCAGUCGCAAAUGAAGAAAAAUCAAAAAUUGAGAACUGGCAAAGAAAAAUUAGAAAGGAUCGAGAGGCGCAUCGAACUGAGGACUUUCAUCCGAAGCUUUUUACAUUUAGUAGGGACGUAGACGCCUCUGAUCAUUAUUCUAAGCGCACUGUAUCGCUGUUGGGUGAAAUGGUUGGAAAACCUUUUCUUGACGAAGGCGCUUGGACAUAUAAUAACUCUCUUCAUAAACACUAACUUCAUUGUGAUUUUACAUCAGGCGCUAAUUAUACUUUAUAUUGCUUUUCAGUUAUACAUAAUAUGAUAUAUUUUAUUAAACGUACUUAUUGAUGUAAAUCAUCUU